AUGGGAAAGAUCAUAUUUUACGAGGACAGAAACUUCCAAGGGCGCUCUCACGAGUGCAGCAGCGACUGCGCUGACCUUCACUCCUUCUUAAACAGAUGUAACUCCAUCAGGGUGGAGAGCGGCUGCUUCAUGGUCUACGAGAGGCCCAACUACAUGGGCAACCAGUACUACCUGAGGAGAGGAGAGUACUCUGACAACCAGCGUCUGAUUGGCAUCAGCGACUGUGUCAGAUCUUGUCGUAUGAUCCCCCAGCACCAAGGCUCCUACAAGAUGAGGCUGUACGAACGCUCCGACAUGUCUGGCCAGAUGCACGAGCUAGACGACGACUGUCCCAACGUCCAGGACCAGCUCAGCAUGUCCGACUUCAACUCCUGCAACGUGAUGGACGGCCACUGGCUGCUGUAUGACCAGCCCAACUACAAGGGCAGAGUGUACUACCUGAGGCCCGGAGAGUACAGGAAAUACAGCGACUGGGGAGGCGUCAGCCCGAGAGUCGGUUCCCUCAGAAAAAUCACCGACCUCAACUGAAGUGGAGCUUCGUUUAAAUGCAUCUUUCCCUGAGUUUCCCAAUAAACUUGAACCGCU